CUUGCGCGAACAUUAAAUGGCUUUAUGCUGUGCACCCACUAUCGUUGUUAGCCACGUAUGAUGUGAUAGGGACUAUAUUUCCCUUUGAUAAGUUUCACUAAAUUGGAGAGACUCCUGAUCGUGUGAUGUCAAGCAUCACUUUAUAGAGGUAAAUCUCUCAUAUACGCAAAUCAUGACGCCGGAAAGUGUUCAGAUCGUAUUGGAAAACGUCGACUUCCGCCUACCCACACAAGUCACCGACGAUAAUAGUGUAGUUGCCCUCAAGAGUCUCGUUUUCGAGCCUCUCCUAUGGUGGCAGCCGCACGGCCGUGUGAAACCCGGUCUGUUCGCAAGCUGGGAGCACUCACCUAACGGCCUCACCUGGCGCUUUCAUAUCCGUGAUGAUGCCCACUUCCACGAUGGCUUGCCCUGCACCGCCCAGGAGGUGGUGACUUACAUCCUCGGGUUCCUCAACUCGCACGACUACUUUGGUAUGCCCUGGAGCUACAGUCGUUAUUUCGCGCGGACCACCGUCCGGGCUGAAAGUGAUCGCACGGUCAGAUUCGAGAACCCAGAGCCCUUUGCAGAUAUAUUAGACAUAUUGUGCGACUUCUGGCCAUCGCGUAUCGCAGUCGAUGGCAAGCCCGUGCUCGGCACAGGCCCCUACCGGGUCGCCGAUUUUGAGCGAAACGGCGGCGUCGGGAAGGCGACCUUACAUCUUCUGCGCCCAAACCAAGAGAAUGAGCCACACAUCAUUACCGUCACUCAGGAGUCCAAUGCUGCCAAAAGGCUUCAGCUAUUACGGGACGGAGAAGUGGAUGCGGCGCUGAACCUCGAGCGCGUUGAGAACCUUGACCUCCUCACCUUCGAUUCCAGCCUGCGCUGGGGCAGGGUUGGCAGUACGCUGUCAGUGAUGUAUUACCUCAAUUGCCCCAGAGGGGUAUUCCAUUCACCCGAGGUCCGUCUUGCCGCCAAUCUUGCCCUGGAUAAUGACGCACUUGUGAAGGAAGUCUACGAGGGGCUAGCAACACCCUCGGUCACUAUCGUAAGUCCCCAGCACCACGGCUUCGUUGCUGCAGCGCUGCAGCCGAUUCCUUACGAUCCAGUCCGGGCACGUGGACUACUCGAAGGGCUCAAGCUUGAAGUUAAGCCGGCCCUGAAGCUACGUACGCCGACGUACAUGCCCGAGCAUGCACAGCGCAUCUCGAAAUUCGUAAAGUCGGCUCUCGAGACCGUCGGCUUCGACGUUGAGGUUGAGGUUGAGACAAACCGGCCCGAGUACGCGCGACAGAUCGGCCUGCGCAAGCAAAUCGGCGACCUAGCACUCUUUGAUUCCACACCCAACAGCACUUUCCGCGUGCUCGACGACAAGAUCUCGAGUAAUUCGCGUAAUACCUGGUGGAUGGGCUACCAUGAUGACGAGCUCCAGCGUCUAUUUGAAGACGCACGACAUAAGAUCAAAGCCGAGGAGCGUGCCGAAGCGUAUGGAAGUUGUUUACGCAGGUUGCAGGAGAAUCCGCCAUGGCUAUACGUCGCGCAUCCCGACGUCGUGUGGGCGACGCGCCCCGGGCUGACAUUGAGCAUUGGGCAUUCUGGCAUUCUGAAGUUGAAAUAAAGUUAACUCUACUUAGUCACAUCCGUUCGAGAUACAACGAGGACGCCCACUUAGAAGAAUCCCAACUGCAUUGAGCUUCUUUGGUGUGAAACUAGGUGCGAUAGUAAUGAUAUAUUGCAUAGCACUGUUUGCAAUAUGCGACACCGAAUGAGCUAAGGAAAAACAGUAUCAAGCAUCGACCUAAUAUUACCCAAUGCUCAUUCUAUUUGCGAGAGUUCAAUAUUGCUGGUGUUUGCAUUGUG